AUGUCACAGGCUCCUCCCGACUUUGACCCAGAAAGAAGCAACGUCCCAGAGUCUCAGCCCGGCGAAUGCACCGCUUCUGGACUGCUCAAAAGCAACUUGGGCAAGACUGCCGUCGUUUCACGGAGGAGACGUGCAGGAAAGGCUGGCAGCCUAGGUACGUUGGAGGACGGCAUCCGGUGGUUGCCUCCUGUCUCGCCUGUGCAGAACCUGAGCGGUCCCGAGACCCUGGUUGUGGCGUAA